GUAUCUGCUGCAUUCCACGGCACCACAAAAACCAACGGAUGCACCAACCCGACGCCCCCGCGGUCACUGACUGGUGGGGCCAGACCACCAACUAAACUCUCUCUCCCUUUCCUCUCGAGCCCCCGAUUCGCCCGCAAGGUCGCCGUCUCCAUCUCGUCUCCCUCGCCGCCGCCUCGCCGUGGCUGCCCCUCCAUCCGUACGCCGGUUGAAUCGUCGGCUGGCUGCUUCGAUCUGGUUCCGGUUCCUGAUUGCUUGCUCCACCGAUUGACCGAUCGCGUUUUGAGGGUUGGGGGUUUGCUUUUUUUGGAUUCCGCUUGCGCGGUUGCAGGUGGUGCGUCGAUCUGCGUCCAUAUGGCGGCGACAGCUGCGGCGCUCGCGGUGACGGACGAGCUGGCGUUGCCGCUCCGCGCGGUGGGGGAUCUGGCGGCCGCCGCGGGGUUCUCGCGGGAGGAGGUGGUGGUCAUCACGCAGUGCGCCUCGCUUGGUGGGAAGUUACCUUUUGAUGAUGCAUCAGUUGGUUCUGUUCUUGCUGUCAUUAAGAAAGUGGAAAACUUGGGCGAUCUGUUCAUAACUGAAAUAAGCAGGGUUCUUAAAGCUGGAGGCAUGGUGCUUAUACAGAGUUCCCCCUCUGAUCAGGAUCCCAAUAACUCUAUUCAGCGCAAGCUACUGUUAGGAGGAUUUGUUGACGUGCAAGCUUCUGCUGCAAGUUCCCAGGAUAGCGAGCAUUCUGUUACUAUUAAGGCAAAGAAGGUCUCUUGGAGCAUGGGCUCUUCCUUCCCCCUCAAGAAAGCCACAAAGGGUCUUCCAAAGAUUCAGAUUGAUGAUGAUUCUGAACUGAUUGAUGAAGACAGCCUCUUGACUGAAGACGACUUGAAGAAACCAGAACUUCCAGUUGUUGGGGAUUGUGAGGUGGGAGCCACAAGGAAGGCAUGCAAGAACUGUACUUGUGGCCGGGCUGAGGCUGAGGAGAAGGUGGAGAAGCUAAAUCUCACAUCAGAACAGAUCAAUAACCCUCAGUCAGCUUGUGGCAAUUGUGGGUUGGGCGAUGCAUUUCGAUGUGGUACUUGCCCAUACAGAGGUCUACCAGCAUUCAAGCCGGGCGAGAAGAUUGCCCUGCCUGGCAACUUCCUUGCGGCUGACUUGUGAUGAUAGAAAGGAACAUCGGCGACAGCAGCAGAUAGGAAUUGGCUUCUUUAAUUCGUUCGUUUGUUAGGAUGUUAAGUUGCUGGUCAAGUAUGGGUGUGAGUAUGGAUAGAAGAGGACCAUUUGCUGUAGUCCCUGCUAGUUAUUACCACUUUCUGGUUCCCAGGUUUCAUGUGUGAGUGUGACUCGCCUAUAUGCGUCCUGUUUGAGGAUAUCUGUACUAAUAACUGAGAAAGUACCGCACUGUUGUUUCAUUGUGGAACUGUCAAAUCUCAAAUCGCACGUCGCUGCUCGCUGCUCUCUGUUGAUCUUGCGAAGUGAUUUUUAUUUUA